AUGGCGCGUCCAACUGGUCUCAUUGCCACAAAGGGCAUCGAGCUCUUGACCUGGAGCACCCCCAACGGCCACAAGGCCAACAUUGUGCUCGAGGAGCUCAAGGAGGCAUACGGGCUCGACUACACCUUCCAGGGCAUCAACAUUGGGCAAAAUGUCCAAAAGGAACCAUGGUUCACUGCCGUCAACCCCAACGGCCGUAUCCCCGCCAUUGUGGACCACGACAACAACGACCUGGCCGUAUUCGAGGGCAAUGCCAUCCUAGGAUACUUGGCGCGUCGCUAUGAUACCAAGAACCUCUUCUCGUUCCCAGUCGAUUCAGAUGACUACACACGCUCCGAGGCAUGGAUCGGCUGGCAGCACGGCGGCAUUGGUCCCAUGCAGGGCCAAGCCAACCACUUUGUGCGCUUCAGCAAGGAAAAGGUCCCAUAUGCCAUGCAGCGCUACGUAGGAGAGACGGAGCGCCUCUAUGGCAUCCUCAACGGCCGGCUGGCCGACCGUGACUAUGUCGUUGGCCCAGGCCGCGGCAAGUACAGCAUCGCAGACAUUGCCCUGGUCGGCUGGGUCAACGACCUGGAGCUCAUCACUGCGUCAUAUGACCAGUUUCCCAACGUCAAGGCGUGGCUGCUCCGGCUCUGGAACCGGCCUGCCGUGCAGAAAGGAUUCUCCCUCACUUCGGCUUCGUCUUAUGACCCUAGAAAGGGCCGGAGUGCUGAGCAGGCCGCCAAGGUGGCCGAGAACAAGAAGAUUGUCGAUGCCGCGAAGGAGCAAUACGGAUACAAGUACCAGUCCCCAUAG